GGCUCUGAGCGGAUGUUGAUUCGGGUAGCGCUGCGGCUUCCUCAAUUAGCUUCAUGGCUAAAAACCCCCAAGAUAACACAGUGUCAAACUUAGCCUCGGACAGCUAACAAACUAACGGUUAAAGUUGAAUCUCCCCCGCGGGUCUGUGGUGGUCGUGGCCCGGGUGGACACCGAGCUGAGCGGGGAACGGUCGCUUUUUAAAAAUCCCCCCGCAUCUCUUCAACACAAGUGUCGGGGGGAAAGGGGGGCAGGAUGCUAGCAGCUGUCGCUAGCGAGCCUCUGCAGGAAAUGAGCCGGUUAAGCUAGCUGAGGCUAACUGUGAUCAUGAGGCUCCAUUCCUCCUCUUUAUGCUCGUGCCGGAUUUGAACAACCCCUCCGCGAUGGACACCGAGGCGAUAGUGAUCCGGAUAAAGACCCCGGCCGGAGACAUGGACUCAUCCGUGGACUGUCCAUCUCUGCUGAACUUCAACGACCUGCUGGUCGCCAUCAGAGAUGUCAUGCCUGAAGCUACUGUCACAGCCUUUGAAUAUGAAGACGAGGUGGGAGACAGAAUCACUGUGAGAAGUGAUGAAGAACUCAAGGCCAUGUUGUCAUAUUACUUCAACACAAUGAAUGAACAACGCAUGAACGGACUGCUGCCGGACCCUCUCCAGAUUUUUCCAAGAGCCGGCAAGACUCCAGGGAUCCGGAACAUACAUGGCCUGAAGGUUAAUACAAGACCCAACCCAGCCAAUGACUGCACUCAUGCAGUCCCAGACUCCAUGACUAACAACAGCUUAAAAAAAUCAUCUGCUGAGCUGAAGAGGAUUUUGACAAAUGGGCAGAUAAAUGCCCAAGAUAUCAACUAUCAAGAGCAGCUCGGCCAUGGGAAUGGAGGCACAGUUUACAAAGCGUACCAUAUUCACGGCAAACGGGUGUUAGCUGUCAAGGUCAUCCCACUGGAUAUUACGGUGGAAUUGCAGAAGCAGAUCAUGUCGGAAUUAGAAAUUCUCUACAAGUGUGAUUCACCUUACAUCAUCACUUUCUUCAGUGCCUUUUUUGUUGAGAACAGGAUAUCCAUAUGCACCGAGUUUAUGGACGGUGGUUCUCUGGAUGUGUACAAAAGAAUUCCAGAGCAUGUGCUGGGGAGGAUCGCAGUGGCAGUAGUCAAAGGCCUGACGUAUCUGUGGAGCCUGAAGAUACUUCACAGGGAUGUCAAGCCGUCCAAUAUGCUGGUGAACACCCGAGGACAAGUCAAGCUCUGUGACUUUGGUGUCAGCACACAGUUGGUGAAUUCUAUCGCCAAGACAUAUGUAGGAACUAACGCAUACAUGGCACCGGAGAGGAUAUCAGGAGAACAGUAUGGUAUUCACGCAGAUGUGUGGAGUUUGGGAAUCUCGUUCAUGGAGUUGGCACUAGGCAUGUUCCCCUAUCCACAGAUUCAGAAAAACCAAGGAUCUUUAAUGCCUCUCCAGUUACUGCAAUGCAUCGUUGAUGAGGAUCCUCCGGUUCUUCCCGUUGACCAGUUCAGUGAAAAGUUUGUUCACUUCAUCACUCAGUGUAUGCGGCGGCAACCCAAAGAGAGGCCUGCCCCCAACAACCUCAUGGAGCAUUCCUUCAUCGUGCAGUAUAACGACGGUAAUGCAGAGGUGGUGUCCAUGUGGGUCUGUCGCUGCUUGGAGGACAGACGGGUUCAGCAGGCUCAGGGACGUGUCUGACGUCCUCCUGCUGUCUGUCCGCCCCGAGAUGGACCUGGACGUUUGAUCCCUGACCUUGGAGUCUUCAGGAUCCAGUACGUCCACGUGCACUGUGCAGGCGACUUCAUGUACAUGGAUGAAAAUCACCAGAAGUUAAAUACUUAAUGUGAGUAAGUCUUGAUUUAGCAGCACUCAUUCGCCCUGACACUGAAGAGCCCUCCUCCUCUGAAGCGAAUAGGAAUCUCUGCGUCCAAUGAGCUCAGAGAGAUCUCUCUCUGACGUGGGAUUCCAGCCGCGGCCUCGUCCCCAUGCUUUUUGAGAGUAUACAGACAUUCAGUGAGCAUCUCGAUCUGAUGAAUGGAGAUAAAUGGUCCUCGGUUGAAGGGGCUGUGACAAUAAACAACUUAAUAAGUACUGCAAUACGCUGGCAGAGUUUGAUCUGCGUUGUAUGGAUCUUAUUUUUAAGGCAUCUGUAAUAACCAUCUUGUGCUUUGCUGUUGACAGCCUUCUAGUGAAUGUUGUGGUUUUUGCCUGUGAGUAAAUGCCCAUGUGUGUGCCUGGUUUUCCACUGGUGUAGUUUAUUACCUCAGAAAACUUUUGUUAUCCCUGUACAAGGAAGACCCCCCCCCCCCCUAAAAAGACGUCCCUGUUUUCAGCUCCUGGACGAAGCAGGUUUAUUCGUAGGCCACCAUUCAUACUCAAGGCAAUUCAAUGUGCUUUGUAGAGGCAUGGAAAUACAUUAAAAAUAAGACAUUAAAAAGACAUUAAAAUUGCAUUUAAAAGACAAUAUAAACAAGGCAAUUCCAAGUGCUUCACAGAGACAAAGCAUCAUUUAAAAAAUAUUGAAAUUAAAAGAGUAAAGAGCACAUUAAAACAGAAUUUAAAAAUCAAAAAGAAGAAAAUAAUUAGUUAAAGAUUAAAAAAAGGUUCCGUGUGUUUGCCAAAACAAACAUGAGUGUUUUAAAGGAGCAAGAGUUUUAUCUGACUUCAGGUUCUUAACGAAGCGUGUUCUACAUGAGGAGCAUAGAAUCUAAACUUGUGAUGUUGUUGAAUCAAAUCCCGUCUUAUCUUUGAUUCUCAAACUAACGGACCGAACUAUUUAUCAUUCUUCAAGAGGAACCAGGGUUUUUGUCCCUUUUUUAAACCAAUAAAUAUUUUAUUUCCACCUCCACAGUCAAGCCUGACAUUGAAAGCGGCUGAAUGAACUGUUGGAGAAACAAUUCUCUACUUUCAUUCAGCAGGAAUUUGUAUUUUUUGUUUUCAAACUAUCAAGAUGUAGAGAAACUGCCGACAGAAGCAUAACAGGGGAACCACAACUCUUCUUCCUCGUAUAUAAACCAACAUUUAACUUAUUUUAUCCACAUCAUCGCCAAAAAAACUCGUUACUGUCUCUGAGUGUCUGUCAUUUUAUUGCAUCGGCCAAUGAGAUCACUUGACUCUCUCGUCGUGGUAAAAUAUAAAUGUGGCGCACGUGACACCAAAGAUCACUGACGGGCCAGAAGGUGACUUAUAUGACUGAGGUGGACAUAAUGGGUUAAGUGACUAAAAUGAAUUGAUCUGACCAGGUGUUUGUGUGCAGCCGGUGAAAUGUGUCGUGCUUAAGUGCAAUUAAAUCCCAUCGCUUCCACAAAGGCACAGUAAACAAACCUACUGUGGCACGUAGAGCGUGAGCAGAGCUGAAAGCUUCACGUAACUGCAGUGCAUUAGCAGAAAAGGCCCAUGGCACCAUUUUACUAUACAUGAGAUGUGUAGCGUCUUUAGUGUCCUGUUACUUGUGGUUUUAUCCUCUGACACAUGGACGGUAGAUUUUACUCUCUGGCCUUUAACUGAAAAUCACCUGAAACUGAGAUCACGCUUGUUCCUCACGUGUGUGUCCUCCGCCACCUUGUUCAUAGUUUGGGAUCUUUUAGCUAUUUUUUUAAAUGACCCAGUCCACAGAGGGUCAGGAUUUAAAAUCCAUUUUCUCAUUUACAGAAAUAGUUAGCAUUAGCAUUUUGCUACUCAAAUUAACAUUUACUUUCCUCCUGACAUGAUUGUAUUUAAAACAAGCUUAGAACUGCAGACUACACAGUGCAUUCAUGUAUGCAUCAUAAGCUGCAAAUAAAGAUGGCCGACGUGUCUCUGGCUCCUUCUAUUGUACAAAAAUGAAGCCAAAAUAUUCAGGAUGCGGACGCUGCCAUCUUGCCAUCAACUGACAGGAAAACACUUGAGCAAACAUCAAUGUGAUAAAACCAAAAUUAACUAAGAGCCUAAAGUUAUCCUUUGGGGGAAAUUUAUUUCAGUGUACUUUUACUUUUUAGUUUGUUCUGCAUAUCAUCUUCUAACAUUAAGGAGGUGGGGUUUAUGACCUAUAUUAUAGCCAGCCACCAGGGGGCGAUCCAGAUGAUUUUGUCUUAUUCAGUCCAUGGUAUGCAUCCAAAAUGUUGCACAUUGUAAACUGAAAGUCUGGAUAAAAGAUUAGUCCUUUUGAGGUGUUUUCUUACAACGUAACUUGAUGGGGAAAUAAUUUAAGAAAGUUCUAGAAACUUAUUCAAUUCAAAAGACUAAUUCGCCAAAAGAAAUCAUCGCAGUUUAGCCGGCAUCCGUCUACGCACAUUUUGUUGUACGUGGGAUUCACCGACUUGGUGGAAAUCCACCUAAUUCACUAAUUGGUCAGAGUAGUUUAACGGUUUACAACGUAGGAGGGAAAUGCCUUGUAGCGCCCUCUACUGGUUGAGCUGAGAACUCAUCAAAACACAAUUUCUUUUUCAAUUUGAUACGUAAUCCCAGACUACGGUAAAUGUAUUUUUUUAUUUGAAUUCUUCUUCACAUCCAGCAGUUCAUUAUUUUUAUAAUAAAUGUUAUAAAUACACUGAGGAUUCAGUUUGGGUUUCCACUUACACUGUUUGUUUGUUUGUUUGUUUGUUUGUUUGUUUACAGCACAAUCUCCCUCAUUAACAUGUUUCAUUAGAGCCGUCAUUUGCCUCAGGAAACUAAAACUGAGGCGCAAAGUUUUUAAGUUUUUGUACAUAAAUAUACUAUAGGAAUAUUGAUAUUACUCUGAUAAUUUAUGAUCUUAAGAUUUAAAGAUCCUCCCGCGACUAAAAUACAUCAUUGUAGAUUUUCCAAUAGAUCCACAAUGAAUAGAACAUGUACUCUGCAUAUUACUACGUAUAUUGUUAUAUCCAUAUAACUGUCACUUUGGGAAAGUCAUAUUCUAUCAUACUGUUAAUCUGUCAGAAAGCCACAUGACAUUAAAUUGGCCGAAAUGUACCUGAAGCUAAAUACAUUACAAUCAGAGUAAACUAAUGAAUGAGUGUAAAAUGUAAAGUGUGUGUCGCGGCCACUGGCUCCUGCAAAAUGUUCAUGUCGUCUUGCAACCAAAACCAAAAACAGAUUUUACGCUCCAAAUCUCAUCUUUAUUUUCGUUUGGCAUUGUACUCACUGACUGUGAUAUUGAAAUAUGAAUCUGCCUCAGUGAGAAUAUUUAUUAUUUUUUUACUUUGAGUCUGCUUUCAGCAGAGAUCACCUCCUGUGACUCGCUCCCUGUUAUUUCCUGUUUUUGCCUAAACCACAAAGUAUAAGUCAGUGACGGGGCUCAGCAGAAAUAUACGUGCUGUGAUGUUACUGCCUGAUUUUGGCCUUUUCUGUACUUAUAUGUGUUGGCACAUAUUCCAACCUGCACAAAUAAAAUAUGUUUAAACAUAA